UGGCUACAGAGACAAGAAGCUUAGUGACUGAGAGCGAUUCAAAUUUGAGGAACUAAAAUCUGCAGAUUUCGAGCUGUGUUAUAAGAAUGUGAAGUGUGUCUGAUGAAUUUGAGGAACUCAAAUCGGCAGAUUUCGAGCUGUGAUUGGUGAAUCAAUGCGGUAGAAAGGGACGAAAUCUUGAAGAGGAUACAGACAGAGAAUACCGACAUGGGAUUUCAUCAUCAACGAGCUCAAUCGGUGUUACUUGAAUCUGAAAGACGGACCUCCAUUUCCUCUGUUCCAACUUCUCAAACGAACCCUAACUCUCCGGUGAAGAAGAAGAGGAAUCCACGAUGGUCUGAUGUGUGGCUGAAGAAUACGAAGUCUCUCGAGCAUGUUAUUGUUGCUAUGCAACUCCAAUCCUUGUCUAAAAACCCUCACAUUCCUACCCCUAACUCCAAAACCAAACCUCUUAUCGCUAAUUUCUGCAAGAUCGACCGUACGCUGCUUCUCUCUGAUGAGAUUCUUCUCGGGAUUCUCUCGAAGCUACCGGAUUCUCAGCGGAACUCCAACUUCCUGGUCUGCAAACGGUGGCUGAAUCUACAGGGCCGUCUUGUACGGUCGCUUAGAGUCAUGGAUUUGAAUUUUCUCUUAUCAGGUAGGUUGAUUUUGAGGUUUCCGAAUCUUAACCGCGUGGAUUUAGUCUCUGGAUCUUUGUUAUCCUCCAGAAAUUCUGGUAUCUUGUUGAGUAAUAGGAUUGUUUCUAUACACGUUGAUUCCUGGUUUUUGCCUAUUCCGGGUGUUGGUGAGGAGAACAUCCUUGACAACAUGGUGAUUGAUAGAGGGCUGAAGACAUUGGCCUGUGCCUGUCCAAAUUUGCGCAAAUUAGCGUUUAUUGGUGGGAGUGAGUUGGGAUUGUUGAGUGUGGCUGAAGAAUGUGAAACUUUGCAAGAACUUGAACUGCACAAGUGUAGUGAUAAUCUGCUGAGAGGAAUUGCAGCUUGUGAGAAUUUGCAAAUACUGAAGCUAUUUGGAAAUGUUGAUGGUCUUUAUAGCUCAGUAGUCACUGAUAUUGGGUUGACUAUUUUGGCUCAAGGUUGUAAACGACUGGUGAAGCUUGAGCUUAAUGGUUGUGAGGGAAGUUUUGAUAGCAUUAAGGCUAUUGGACAGUGCUGCCAAAUGUUGGAGGAGCUGACACUCUGUGAUCACAGGAUGGACGAUGGAUGGUUGGCUGGGCUGUCGUAUUGUGAGAAUUUAAAGACUCUGAGAAUCAUGUCAUGUAGGAAGAUCGAUCCGAAUCCCGGACCCGACGAAUAUUUGAGUCCCUGCCUUGCUCUUGAGCGGUUGUAUUUGCAGAAUUGUCAACUAGGAGAUAAAAAGAGUGGUAGAGCAUUGUUUAUUACCUGUGGGGCUGCGAGGGAGAUUUUCAUCAGUGAUUGCUGGGGAUUGGUUGAUGAUAUAUUUAGCUUUGCAAGUCACUGCUGGAGGGUGAAGUUCCUUUCUCUCGAAGGAUGUUCACAGCUAACAACAGAAGGUCUGGAGUCUGUAAUUCUUGAAUGGAAGGAGCUUCAAAGUCUUCGAGUUGUAUCGUGUAAGAACAUAAAAGAGAGCAGCAUUUCUCCUGCGCUCUCUACCCUGUUUUCAACAUUCAAGGAUUUGAUAUGGAGGCCAGAUAACAAAUCCCUUCUGCCUUCAAGCCUCAUUGGCGGCACCCACAUGGGAAAGAAAGGUGGUAGGUUUUUCAAAAAGACAUGGGACAUGAAAGUUCUACCCGGUGUUCAUAAUCACGCAAGUGCACGACAGACAUGAAAACCUCGAAACAAAUCGCUCUGAAGACGUCGUCGCACUGUUAUUGUCUUCUUGAUCGUUCUCGUGGUUAACUAGAUGUUGACAGCACCAGAGAUGAAGAUGCCAAGAAUAUCGACCUCUGCGUCGAUGAAUUUGCUCGUAUGUUUCGAGGAAGCUAAGUCAUCUUCUCCUUAAAAAACACUGUAUAUUAGAAUUGUACUAGUAUAGUUUGGUUUAGUAAUUACAGUUCUUAGUAUCUGUAAAGGAAUAUCAUGGUUUCCACCAUUAUUAAGCUUAAUAGAAUUACUGGCAUAGCUGUGGAUUAGUACAG